AAUCACUUAACUUUUCGAAAACUACUUCGCUGACCUUGAGACUUCACUAUGGAGACAGCGAAGUGGUUUCUGAAAAGUUAGGUGUCCCAGAAUUUAUGAAAACAGCUGUAAGUGUCGGUGAAAUGGACAUGUCGACGAAUUGA